AUGAUUGACUUCAAGAGCCUUUUGGCUAUCCAACAUACCAGAAAGGAAGCCAACUCUGUGGGGGCCCGCAACAGUGGCAGGGAGACAGUGCACAGUGAUGGAUCCCUGCUGCUUCAUGGUGUCACUCAGGAAGACUCUGGAUUGUACACUCCACAAAUUGUGAGAACAGAUAUGCAACCUGAAGAAGCACAAGUCUGGAGCUUUGAAGAACUUAGCCAAAGACAAAAUGAACAUGUAACACAGCCCUUUGUACAAAUCACUGAUGCCACAAUUGUAGGACGUAGAUCUGUGAUUUUCACCUGCAUUUCACCUGACACUGAUAUCCCUAUUCAUUGGCUCUUCAAUAAGGAGAAUCUGCAGCUCAAAGAGAGGAUGACUCUGUCCCCAAAAAAGUGUGGACUCAGAAUAAAUCCUGUCAGGAGUGAGGAUGCUGGAGAGUAUCAGUGUGAGGUCUCCAAUGGAUUCAACUUGAAGAUCAGUCUCCCAGUCUCCUGGCUGUGA